AUGGCAAUUGACGCCGUCCCCCGCGGCCCAGUCCGGGCAACCCUGAACUUCUACGCCGCGCCCGAAGACGGCUCCGCCCCCUACAACACAAUCGUGCCCCAAGGCCUGCCCGGCCGCAACUACUCCGACGACGCCCAGGAGACCCUCAUCCACGACGUCCGCGGCCGUGAGUCCGACUACAACCUCGACGCGGACGCAUUCCUUGUGAUCCGCGACCAGCCGCCCUCCGCCGAGAAGUCCUUCGUCGACGACGACUCCAUCAAGGCCAACUACUACCCGGAGCUCGAGCGGCUGAUCCUCGAGCACGUCCCCGGCUCCAACCGCGUCCUCUUCUUCGACCACACCAUCCGCCGCGCGGACCCGGAGGCCAACAGGAACCCCGUCACCAGGGUCCACAUCGACCAGACGCCCGCCUCCGUGAUCCAGCGCAUCAAGAGGCACCUGCCCGAGGAGGCGGACAAGCUGCUCGCGGGGCGGUAUAGGCUCAUCAACGUGUGGCGGCCGCUGAACAAGAACCCCGUCGAGUCGUUCCCGCUUGCGUUUGCGUCGUCGUCGACGUUGGAUGACGAGGAUAUCGUUCCCAUCGAGCACAGGUAUUCUACGGGGUAUACCGGCCAGACGGCCGGUAUCAAGUUCAGUCCGAAACAGAAGUGGCACUACCUGAGCGGCAUGACGGGAGACGAGAGGCUGCUGCUUGAGUGCUUCGACAGUGAGGGUCUUCGUGAUGGGACCGGUGUUCAGGGAGGAAGGCUGGCGCAUACCGCCUUCGUCGACCCAAGGACAAGACCGGAGGCUGAGGGUCGCGAGAGUAUUGAAGUCCGCGCGCUAGUAUUCGGGCCUUAG